AUGGCUUCUGCGACUAGUUUUUUCGACUUCAAGCCUUUGGAUAAGCGCGCCCAACCCUACGACCUCUCUCAACUGCACGGCAAAGUCGUCCUCGUCGUCAACACAGCCUCGAAAUGCGGCUUCACCCCGCAAUUCGCCGGCCUCGAGAAGCUCUACAAGGACAUCAAGGCCACGCCCCAGGGCGAAAACUUUGAAAUCCUCGGCUUCCCCUGCAACCAGUUUGGCGGCCAGGAUCCCGGGUCAAAUGACGAGAUUCAAGAGUUUUGCCAGGUAAACUACGGCGUUAGUUUUCCCGUGCUGGGCAAAGUGGAUGUCAACGGCGACAAAGCCGACCCCGUCUUUGAAUGGCUCAAGAACGAGAAGCCGGGCCUGAUGGGCCUGAAGCGCGUCAAGUGGAACUUUGAAAAGUUUCUCGUCGGCAAGGAUGGCAAGGUGCGCGGCAGGUGGGCGAGUACGAAGAAGCCCGAGGAUCUGAAGAAGGAGAUUGAGGAGGCGCUCAAGGCGUGA